AUGCCUGGUUCAUUUCAUGGAAGGCUUUUUCCUCAAAAUACUAUUCAUUUGGUGCAUUCUUCUUACAGUCUACAUUGGCUAUCUCAGGUACCAAAAGGUUUGGUGGCUGAAUCUGAUUUGCCAUUGAACAAAGGCAACAUUUAUAUAGCAAAAACCAGUCCUCCGAGUGUUCAUGAAGCUUACUUGACUCAAUUCCAAAAGGAUUUUACUAAUUUUCUUAGUAUGCGUUCUCAAGAGAUUGUAGAUUGUGGGAGUUUAGUUCUUACUUUCAUAUGUAAAAAUGAUGAAGAAGAUGGAUGUGAUUUCUGGGAGUUGCUUGGGAUCACCAUGAAUGACAUGGUCAUUGAGGGGUUGAUUGCAGAAGACAAGCUAGCCAAAUUCAACCUUCCACUAUAUGCACCUUCAAUAAAAGAAAUAAAGCAAAUCAUAGGGAAGGGCGGCUCUUUCAAACUAUUGCAUCUUGAGACAUUUAAACUGAAGCGGGAUUCAAACAUGGCUGAGAAAGAAGAAGCAACAUUAUUUGACGAGAAGAGUAGGGCCGCAUACAUAGCUGGAAAUAUGAGAGCUGUUCAAGAACCCAUAUUAGUUGAACAUUUUGGAGAAGAAAUCAUGGAUGAAUUGUUUGAAAGAUAUGGGAAGAAAGCAAUAGAGUACAUGAAGAAUUAUGGGAAAGGCAUUAUUAAUAACGUCGUUAUUUCCCUCAGUAAAACGAACUAAGGAAUGGAGAACCUUUCAGUAAAAAGUGUUUUACCUCUUUAAAAAGUUCGAAGUGUAUUGUUUAAGCAUUCACUUUUUAUUUCCAGUAAACCAAUCGUCUAAAUUGAUGUUUUAUUUUUUGUGAGUACACAGUAAAAUCAAGAUAACUGUGGGGAUUGCACUUUUUUAAGGUUCCUCUUUGCCUAAACAUGUGUCUUUUUUUUUUUUUUUUUUUUUUGGAUAAACGGAAAUAUAUUAUUAAUACUAGAUCAUUACAUUAGGUGGACAGUGGACUUAUGGGAGCUCCAUCAGUACAAGUGAUUACACACAUAUUACCAAGACUAGCUAGACUAUUACACAUAGAUAAUCCUACUUUUCUACUAGUAGUGACGCCUAGUUUAUCGGCUUGUAAAAGAGGUAGUAAAGUACUAGGGGGUUCUGCUAAUAUAGUAGGUUGAGAUGCCAAAGCUUGAUCUGCUCCAUUCUUGCCAAAAAGUCAGCAACUUUGUUACCUUGCUGAAAGUUAUGCCGUACCACUAGAUUCUUCA